AUGGCUUCUCCUCAGCAAAUCCGUACUCCUCUCACCGAUCUUCUUAAGAUCAACCACCCCGUCCUGCUGGCAGGCAUGAACGUGGCUGCUGGCCCCAAGCUGGCCGCCGCUGUCACCAACGCUGGUGGUCUCGGUGUCAUCGGUGGCGUUGGUUACACUCCUGAUAUGCUCCGCGAGCAAAUCGCCGAGCUCAAGAGCUACCUGACCGAUAAGAGCGCCCCCUUCGGCGUUGACCUCCUCCUGCCCCAGGUUGGCGGCAGUGCCCGCAAGACCAACUACGAUUACACCAAGGGCAAGCUCGGUGAGCUCGUCGAUAUCAUCAUCAGCGAGAAGGCCAGCCUUUUCGUGUCCGCCGUCGGUGUUCCCCCCAAGGCCGUUGUCGAGAAGCUCCACAGUGCCGGCAUUCUGUGCAUGAACAUGAUUGGACACCCCAAGCACGUUCAGAAGGCCCUCGAUGUUGGUGUUGAUAUCAUCUGCGCCCAGGGUGGUGAGGGCGGUGGCCACACCGGUGAUGUCCCCACCACUGUUUUGAUCCCCACCGUUGCCAAGUUGGUCCAGGGCAAGAAGAGCCCUCUGACCGGCCAGCCCGUGCAGGUCGUCGCGGCUGGUGGUCUCUUCAACGGUAACUCCGUUGCCGCUGCUCUGAUGCUCGGCGCUUCCGCUGUUUGGAUCGGUACUCGCUUCAUUCUGUCGGAUGAGGCUGGUGCCCCCGAAGCUCACCAGGAGGCUGUCCGCACCGCUGGCUUCGAGGACAACAUCCGUACUAUCAUCUUCACUGGUCGCCCCCUCCGUGUUCGCAAGAACCCUUACAUCGUUAACUGGGAGGAGAACCGCGCCGAGGAGAUCAAGCAGCUCACCUCCAAGGGUAUCAUCCCCGUCGAGCACGACAUGGAGAACCUUCCCGAUGACGUCGACGAUGACACUUUGGACAACGCCCGUCCCUUCCUGAUGGGCAAGGUUUCCGCCGUUGUCAACGAGAAGAAGUCUGCCAAGGCUAUCGUUGAUGAGCUCGUUGGAGAUGCCGCUAAGCUCAUCCAGCAGGGCCACAAGAUGCUUGCCAAGCUGUAA